AUGGCACCCCCGCGUAUCGCUCCUACUCCACCCCCUCAGGGCGACGGACAAGAUCUGGCCAGGGCGAUCGAGGCCAUGGCUGCGGCUUUGACUCAGCAAAGCAAUGCCAUGAUGCAACAGCAUGAGGCGGCGAUGCAGCGCCAGGAAGCCUCUCUCGAGCAGCAGAACUUCAUGAUGCAGCAGAUGGAAGCUGCUAGGCAGGCUGCAGAGGAUGCUCAGAGGCAGCACGUGGAUGCUUUCCGUCAGUUAGGGGAGAAUGCUGCUGGUGCUCAGAUACUGGCUUUCACUGUUUACAUGCUCACUGGAGAGGCUGAGCAUUGGUGGGCUAGCAUGAAGCUGGUGAUGGAAGAGAAGCAUGAGGAUAUCACAUGGGAAGCCUUCAAGAGGAGGUUUCUUUCAGAGUACUUCCCUGAUAUCGUGAGGUACGCUAAGGAGGUUGAGUUCCUCCAGCUGACGCAGGGGAACAAGUCAGUAGCUGAGUACGCCGAGAGGUUCAAGCAUCUGGGGCGUUUUUACACCAUGCCGCUCGAUGAGGAGUGGCGUUGCAGGAAGUUUGAGAAUGGUCUCAGAGGAGAUAUCCGCCUGAUGAUAGCUCCACUGUCCAUUAAGGACUUUGCGGCCUUGGUGGAAAAGGCCAGGGUCAUUGAGCGAAUGAAGGUAGAGGUGGAAGCUCAGCAACAGCCACAGCAGAGAGUCAGUGGACCAUCUGGGUCCAGGCCGAGGGUUGAAGAGAAGAGGAAGCCUUAUGCUAGGCCUCAUCCACAGCCACAGGGGUCUAGAGGCUUUUCUUCCCCGCCCAGCAGGAUUCAGUGCUAUCAUUGCGGAGGGCCGCAUGGGAAGAAUUUCUGCCCGCAGCUAUCAGGUUUCCGCAGGUGCAACCAUUGUGGCAGAGAGGGCCACUUUGGUAGGGAUUGCCCCACUCUGAGGAGGACAGUUGCACGACCUUCACCACACACUCCGAGUCAGAGUUCAGGCCAGACUCAGCAGAGAGGAGGAGGCAGCAGGCCUCAGGCUACAGGCAGGGUCUUUGCGAUGACCGGGUCAGAGGCAGCAGGUUCAGGUAACCUUGUUAUUGGUUGUUGUGUAAUAUCUGGCAAGUCUUGUUGUGUGCUUUUUGAUUCCGGGGCGACACACUCUUUUGUGUCAGAGUCUUGUGUGCGGGAGUUGAGUCUGCCGGUGUGUGAGCUACAGUUUGAUCUCGUGGUAUCUACUCCGGCAUCUGGGUUGGUUAGGACUUCUUCGGUGUGUGCUAGAUGUCCAGUUGAGGUAGAGGGACGCGUAUACAAAGUCAACCUCAUAUGUCUCCCUCUGCAAGGACUAGAUGUGAUCUUGGGAAUGGAUUGGCUCUCUGCCAACCGUGUUCUCAUAGACUGUCGAGAGAAGAAGCUGUUGUUCUCCAACUCAGAGGAGCCCGAGUUGUUGUCUUUCUAUGGGGUAAUGAAGGAAAUUCAGAGCGGCGCGCAGUGUUAUAUGGUCUUUGCCAGGAUAGAAGUCGAGAAGGAGGAGAGGAUCACCGCGAUACCAGUGGUCAGGGACUUUGAGGAUGUGUUCCCCAAAGAGGUACCGGGUUUGCCCCCAAGAAGAGAAGUGGAGUUCUCCAUAGACUUGGUACCAGGAGCCGGACCUGUAUCGAUAGCUCCUUACCGCAUGGCCCCAGCAGAGUUAGUAGAGUUAAAGAAGCAGAUAGAGGAAUUGCUUGAGAAACGGUUUAUACGGCCGAGUGCUUCGCCGUGGGGAGCGCCUGUUUUGCUUGUGAAGAAGAAGGACGAUGAUUUGAUGGACCAGCUACAUGGGGCGUCGGUGUUCUCCAAGAUUGAUCUCCGGUCAGGUUAUCAUCAGAUUUUGGUGAAGGCAGAAGAUGUUGAGAAGACUGCUUUCAGAUCCAGAUAUGGGCACUAUGAGUAUGUUGUCAUGCCAUUCGGUGUGACUAAUGCUCCAGCUUUGUUCAUGGAUUACAUGAACCGGAUCUUCCGUCCGCUUUUAGAUAAGUUUGUCGUGGUCUUCAUAGACGACAUUCUCAUCUACUCCAGGACGCAUGAGGAACAUGCCGAGCAUCUGAGGAUAGUGCUUGGUAUCUUGCGGGAGAAACAACUGUUUGCCAAGUUGUCUAAGUGCGACUUCUGGAUGAGAGAGGUGCAGUUUUUGGGGCACGUGAUAUCAGCUCAGGGUAUAGCUGUGGAUCCAGCUAAGGUAGAGGCCGUGAUACAGUGGGAGUGUCCCAAAUCAGUGACUGAGAUUCGGAGCUUCGUGGGUUUGGCUGGCUACUACAGGAGAUUUAUAGAGGGGUUCUCCAAGAUAGUAGCACCCUUGACACAGUUAACCCGAAAGGAUCAACCGUUUGCAUGGACUGAUAGAUGUGAAGAGAGCUUCAGGGAGCUUAAGCAGAGGCUGACGAGUGCUCCAGUGUUGGUAAUCCCAGAUGACGGUGAGUCAGUUUUGGUUGGACCAGAGUUGUUGCAACAAACCACAAAGAAGGUGCAGUUGGUGAGAGACAGGUUGCAAGCAUCUCAGAGUAGGCAGAAGGCAUAUGCAGACCGAAGAAGGAGACCCUUAGAGUUUGAGGCUGGGGAGCACGUGUUCUUGAGGGUGACCCGAACCACUGGUGUGGGGAGGGCUAUCCGCUCAAGGAAGUUGUCACCUAAGUUCUUGGGUCCGUAUCAGAUCUUGAGGAGGAUAGGGCCCGUGGCUUAUGAGGUUGCAUUGCCACCCCAGUUGGCUAAUCUACACCCAGUCUUUCAUGUUUCACAGCUACGGAAGUACGUGUUUGACCCAUCACAUGUGUUAGAGGCGGAGGAGGUGGAAGUCAGGGAGAAUCUCCAGGUAGUGGUACAGCCUGUGGCUAUAGAGGAUCGCCAAGUUAAGGAGCGCAAAGGAAGAGCCACUAGUCUCGUGAAGGUCAUCUGGGACCGGAGGACAGGUGACUGUACUUGGGAGCUUGAGGAGGACAUGAGGAGUUCAUACCCACAUCUGUUCUGGCAGCCUUCCCCUCUCAACUUCUCUAAGAAAAGCAGGAGCUCUACUAGGGCAAAGUCUGUUUCCCCUCAAAGUGAAUCGAACCGCUUCCUUGUAAGUACAGAUCGAAACUCAAGCUCUUUCGUUGUCCUUUUUAAUGCACUAAGUUUGUCUUAA